AUCAGUUUUAACCAGGAACAAUCCAAUUGUCUCGUCGAAAACUUGUGCGACAAUUAGUAAUGCCACAAAAUCAACCUGAUCGCUUUCACUUGUUCUCAUUCAGCUCUCCGUUUGAUUAUUCUAAUUAACUAAACGGUAAAGACAGGAAUAUAUAAAUUACAGGGAAGACCGAUGUCGCCCCAUAUUUCCCUUGAUUACCACAUAUACACUCUCGUCCAGACAAGCUUCAUAAAGGCUCUCACCGUCCGUAAACCCCGCUCCGUUCCUUUGACCCUCCCGUAUUACUUCCGGCGGGACAAUACCAAAACGACAAAACGAAACGGCGAUGACUAA